AUGGAUAUGGUGGAGGAGUUUAGAGGAGCACAGGAGCGUUUGGCUGUUAAUAACAGUACCAGAUGGGUGCAGAAGUGGGAGCCUCCAGUGGGGUUAAUGUACAAAGUGAAUUUUGAUGCAGCAGUAUUCGCGGACUUGGAUGCUUCGGGUGUUGGGGUGGUUGUGCGUAAUGAUAAAGGAGAAGUUAUGGCCUCUCUAGCAGCCAGAGGUCCGCCGGUGAGAGACAGUGAUGAAGCGGAGACGCUGGCGUGCCGGAGAGCAUUAGAGUUUGCUGUGGAAGCAGGCUUCUCGGAGCUGAUACUGGAAGGGGACAACUUGACGGUUAUGAAGUCCCUCAUUUCUCUAAAGCCUAACAGGUCGCGCUUGGGUCAUAUCGUUGAAGAGAUUCAAUGUAUAUCAGCUGGUCUUCAUCGUUUUGCAGUUAGUUUUGUCAAACGCAACGCCAAUACAGUGGCGCAUGCAUUGGCUAAGUAUGCUAGACUAAUUGAUGAGGAACUAGUUUGGCUGGAAGAGUGUCCACAGCCAGCUUUAGAACCUUUGUACUUUGACUCUCUUGGCCUCAGGCAAUGA